ACCUCAUUGCAAAUGCUAAUAAACAUAACGGGGACAAAGCCAAACGCCUUUAUUGCGUAUAGAAUGGCGAUUCAUGGGGAGUCAAAUGAAGUUACUCCCCAUGAAAAUGUUUUCAAAGGGUGGCCAGGUUCUGUCCGAACCUUAAACAAGGGAGAUGAUUGCUAG